GCUCCGAAUUGGGUCCCCCGCAGCCGGAUGCGCAGGGCCUGGCGGAGCGGCGGGAUGGAGGCCGCCGGUCACGGGCAGGAGGCCGAGGCAGGCGGCCAUGGCGGCCACAAGAAGAAACACAAGAAGCACAAGAAAAAACACAAGAAGCGGCACCACCACGAGGCGGGGCCGCCCCCGGGUCCCGAACCCCCUCGGCAGCCCCGGCUGCGGCUCCGUAUUAAGCUGGGAGGGCAGAUCCUGGGCACCAAGAGCGUCCCCACGUUCACGGUGGUCCCCGAAGGGCCGCACUCGCCGUCCCCCUCCCCACUGCUGGGAGGCGACGAGGAGGAGCCCAGCGAGGGGGUCCCCAUCGAGCAGUACCGGGCCUGGCUGGAUGAGGACAGCAACCUGGCUCCCUCCCCACUGCCCGAGCUGGACCCCGAGAGCUGCUUCCCCCCCCGUGAGGAGGAGGAGGAGGAGGAAGAGGAGGAGGAAGAGGAGGAGGAGGAGCGGCGCUGGCUGGCGGCCCUCGAGAGGGGGGAGCUGGACGACAACGGCGACAUCAAGAGGGAGGUGGACGAGUCCCUCCUGACAGCCCGGCAGCGCGCGCUGCUGCACAAGCAGCAGAGCCAGCCCCUGCUGCAGCUGCCCAUGGGCGCCAAGGCCAAGGAGGUGACGGAGGAGAUGCGGGAGAAGCGGGAGGAGCGGGCGCGGCGCCGGCGGCUCCAGGCCGCCCGCAAGGCCGAGGAGAGCAAGAACCAAACCAUCGAGCGCCUGACGCGCACGCACAAGGCCAAGGUGAGGGCCCUGCGCGAGCGCCGCGCCCGCCCCGCGCCCUGCCCCGUCGUGCACUACCGCAGCGCCGCCGACGGCGUCACCGUGUCCUUCCCCGCCGGGCUGCCGCUGCCGCUGCCCGCCGCCGCCGCCCCGCCCGUGCCCCCCGCCCAGCCCUGCGCCGUGCCCGGCUGCACCAACCCCAAACGUUACAGCUGCGCCCGCACCGGGCGCCCGCUCUGCAGCCUGGGCUGCUACCAGCGCAACCUGCAGCUGCUGCAGAGCCAGGGGUGACCCCCCUCCCGGAGGGGGCUGCGGGGCUCUCUCCGAGGGUUAGAGACCCUCUCCAGGGGAUACAGACCCUCUCGGGGGGGCCACGGAUCCUCUGCCGUGGAUGCAAAGGGCCAGAUCACCAGCCCGUAUGGGGAACUACAGAGGGGUCUGGAUCAUCCACAUGGACACUGAGGGCCAGAAGAGGAAUCUGUGGCUCUCCACUGUGGACUCGGAGGGUUGUGGGGAGCUCCAGAUCUUCCACGUGGACCCAAAGGGCCAGAACAGGGCACUUCAAACCCUCUGCUGCGGACACAGAGGCUCUGGGCGUUCCACGUGGACACAAAGGGAUCCGGAUGGCUGCAGUUCCUUAUGGACACCAAUGGAUAUGGCCAGCCAGGAUGUGCAGCUCCAGAGGGCUCCAGCCUCUCCACCGUGGACACAGAGGCUUGGGGACGCCGUCAGGGGCUGAGGGGGGUCCUGAGGGGAUAAAGAGGUCCCCGGAAAGGACGGGUCCUGCUGUCACGAAGCUGAUUAAAGGCUGUUGUUGAAGGA